AUGUCACGGUUCACGCCCGAAAUGACGCAGCCCGCAGGCUCGCUCCUCUUCCGUGUGGACGGCGAGGACGAGCUGGUCCCCCUCGCUCCGCAAUCCUCGACCGCUGCCAAGGAUGUGGACAGCAGCAGCGACAGCGACACCGAGGAGCAUGACCGGGCAAGCAGCACACGGUUCCCCCCACCACGCUCAAGGCAAGGCAGCGGAGCGACCAGUGCUAGCUUUGGGAGUGCGGCCGCCGCAGCCGCAGCGGCAGCGGCACAUGCGCAAGGUGUCCAUCUGGCUACAAUGGCACAGAAGCGCGCGUUGUGGUGGCGCAACGUCCUCGUCACGGGCAUGUUCAUCUUGUCAUGGUACACAUUCGCAACUCUGCUGUCGCUGUACAACAAGUGGAUGUUCUCGGCGGAGUACUAUGGCUUUACGUACCCGCUGUUCGUGAGCGCGUGUCACAUGGUCAUCCAGUUUCUCCUCGCCCUCGUCAUUCGGAUCCUGUUCGCCAGGAGGUUUAGGCCUGCUGAACGACCCUCGAGGCGUGAUUAUGCCACGCGUAUUGUGCCCACUGCAUGGGCGACGGGAACCGACAUUGGUCUGUCCAACUUGAGUCUCAAGACCAUUACUCUGUCGCUGUACACUAUGUGCAAGUCGUCGGCUCUCAUCUUCGUGCUCAUGUUCGCCUUCAUGUUCCGCCUGGAAAAGUACUCCAUCCGCCUCGUCUCUGUCAUCCUCCUCAUCUCGUUUGGUGUCUUUUGCAUGGUGUUCAACGCCACGGAGGUCUCCAUUCCGGGCAUCAUCAUGGUCUUUUCCGCCUCGGCAGUGGGCGGUCUGCGAUGGGCAUUGACAGAAGUCAUCAUGCACAAAAGGGCCAUGGGCAUGAGCAACCCCUUUGCGACCAUCUUUUGGCUUUCGCCCAUCAUGGGCGUCUUCCUCUUUGUCGUCUCCCUCGCUGUGGAGAGCUGGCACGACAUGUUCACAAGCCACUUUUUCGGCUCACCGCUGGAGGCGCUCAAGACAGUUGCCAUCAUAGUGCUCCCUGGUGCGCUGGCUUUCUCAAUGGUCGCUAGCGAGUACUUCAUCAUCCAGCGUGCCGGUGUGGUCCCCUUGUCGAUUGCCGGCAUCUUCAAGGAGGUGUCCACAAUCACGUUUGCCGCUUGGGUGUUUGGUGACCAACUUACCGAGCUCAACAUUAUCGGUGUCGUCAUUACGAUUAGCGGUAUCGCACUGUACUCGUACCACAAAUACCAACGAUCAAUCCACCGGGAGGUCCGCCUGGACGCGGCUCAGAACCCGAUCGAUGACCCAGAUGACGAGUCGGCUCCUUUACGUCCCGGCGCGGCGCCCCAUGGGUAUUCUCGCACCGCGACUACAGACGAGCAUGACCGCAGUAGGCGUAUGAGCGCGAGCAGCGAGGACGGCGGUGAUCGACCCACGCUGUCCCCAAUGGCCGGCCAGAGCGCCCUUCAGCUGCACAGCUUGCAUUCGGCCGUCUCCAGCGAGAGCCGCGAGGAGCGCACCACGCGCCUGAGGGACGAGUUUGAAGGGUGGAACAAUGGCGACACCGAAGACGAGGACGACGAGAGCGAGGCGGAUGAAGAGGAGAUUGCGCGCAGGAGGAGUGACCGUGUUGGCGGUGACGACGAUUCCCGGAGCCGUUCAAAGUGGAACGAGUUUUGGGAUCGGUCGAUGUAG